GGACUACAGAAGUCGGCGACAGAGAGCACGCGCCGCGCAAACUGACUGAACUUUAUUCCAUCUGGAUAGGAUGUGGAAAAUAAUUCUAAUACAUCCACAUAAUAUCUGGCCAAUGGACCUGCCCAAACAUUCGCGCUAAUGUGACGCUUGCGACUACGUAGGCAGCGAGUGGCUCAAAUAUUCGUGUUCCGGCUACACCUGAAUCCGCCAGGAAGUGUGGCGCGAUAAAUCCUAAAAAAGUAUCCGCGUCUCCCGGAGCGACUGUACUAGCGAAGACAUGGGAAUUUGCAUUUUCUGGUUUGGGUGUGGGCCGGUUGUAUGACUUUUUCUGGUUUUCGAAUCGUAUCAAGCGACCGCUCGCCAGUUUAGGCAGGUUAAAGAGAGACCGUCAACUCUCCGCAAGUUUGGGUCGUUUUUUUUCGCCAAGUUGUUCCCGAUCUCAAGUAUUUGUAAGCAAUGGGAUGCGGCGGUAGCACGGAGAAGGGAAAGCGGGAGUGGAAACCGUUGGAAGAUCGAUGCUGUACAGACAUUCCAUGGCUCAUAAUAUUCAUCGCCUUCUGCAUCGGCAUGGGGUGCAUCUGCGGCUUCGCCAUCGCCACGGGGGCGGCGUCCCGGCUCAUCUCGGGGUACGACAGCUACGGGAACACCUGCGGCCAGAAGAACGCCCCCAUCGAGGGCAUCGAGCUCAGCGGCAGGGACCAGACCAGCAAGAAAUACGUCUUCUUCCUGGACCCCUGCAACAUCGACUUUGUGAAUCGGAAGAUUAAGUCCAUGGCGCUGUGUGUGGCUCAGUGUCCCGGGGAGGAGCUGAAGUCGUACGACGACAUUCGCAAGUUCGCCACGACAAACGGAUCGGAACUCUGCUCCUACGAUGUGCCAGUGAACAAAUACACCAGUCACUCGGAGAGAACCACCAAAUGCCCCCAGCUCCCGGUGCUCCCCAGUCAGUCUCUCCCAGUGUUUCACCGCUGCACCCCCAUGAACAUCACCUGCUACGCCAAAUUCGUUGAGGCCCUCAUUACCUUCGUUAGCGACAACAGCGUCCUGCAUCGGCUCAUCGCCGGGGUGAUGGCCAGCAAGGAGAUCAUUAUGGGCUUGUGCCUGCUGUCUCUAGUGCUCUCCAUGAUCCUGAUGGUUGUCAUCCGCUUCAUUUCCGCUGUGCUGGUGUGGAUCAUCACCGCCCUCGUGAUCUUGGGCUCCGUGGGGGGAACAGGGGUCCUGUGGUGGCUGUACGCGGAUCACAGAAAGAACCUGAAUGACACCAUGAACAAAGACGAGCUGGGGGUUGCCAAGGACAACGUGCAGGCCCUGCUGGUCUACGCCAUCGCUGCCACUGUGUUCACCGUGGUCCUGCUGCUGCUGAUGUUCUUCAUGCGGAAGCGUGUGGCGCUCACCAUCGCGCUGUUCCACGUGGCGGGGAAGGUGUUCACUCACCUGCCCCUGCUGGUGCUGCAGCCGUUCUGGACCUUCCUGGCCCUCAUGCUCUUCUGGGUCUACUGGCUCACCGUGCUGCUCUUCCUGGGCACUGCAGGCAGUCCGGUGCAGAACCCGGAUACGGGCCUGGUGGAGUUCCGCAUGUCCGGUCCGCUGCAGUACAUGACCUGGUACCACGCAGUGGGGCUGAUCUGGAUCAGCGAGUUCCUGCUGGCCUGCCAGCAGAUGACCAUCGCCGGCGCCGUCGUCACCUACUACUUCACCAGGGACAAGUCUAACCUGCCGCUGACCCCCAUCGUCUCCUCGGGGUUGCGGCUGGCGCGGUACCACCUGGGCACGGUGGCCAAGGGCUCCUUCAUCAUCACCCUGGUGGAGAUCCCCCGCCUCAUCCUCAUGUACAUCCACAACCAGCUCAAGGGCCGGGAAAACGCGUGUGCGAGGUGCAUGCUGAAAGCCUGCAUCUGCUGCCUGUGGUGUCUGGAGAAGUGCCUGAGGUACCUGAAUCAGAACGCGUACGCUGCGACUGCCAUUAACAGCACUAGCUUCUGCACAUCGGCGCGGGACGCCUUCGUCAUCCUGGUGGAGAACGCCCUGCGAGUGGCGGCCAUUAACACUGUGGGCGACUUCGUGCUGUUCCUGGGCAAGGUGCUGAUCGUGUCCUGCACGGCGUUUGCGGGGGUCCUGGCGCUGAACUACCAGCGGGACUACACGGUGUGGGUGCUGCCCCUCCUCAUCGUCUGCCUCUUCGCCUUCCUGGUGGCCCACUGCUUCCUGUCCAUCUACGAGAUCGUGGUGGACGUCCUCUUCCUCUGCUUCGCUGUCGACACCAAGUACAACGACGGCAGCUCUGGCAGGGAGUACUACAUGGACAAGGCCCUCAUGGAGUUUGUGGAGAACAGUAAGAAGGCGAUGCCUGCCCGUGGCCGGGAUGCAGGGGACGGCACAGAGAUGAAGCCCAUGGCUUCUGGUGGAAGUUAAGGUUGACCCAAAAUCGCCAAAUGAGGAGUUUCUAAAGACAUUCCAGAUGUUUAUUUUUUACCAACAUGUAAUAUGUUUACUAAGCUUUUGACUCCAGAGAACACUGAUAUUUUAAUACACUACGUAAUGAUGCACUUUAUACUAAAGCUGUGUGCGUAUUUGCCGCUGAUGCAUUUUCGUAGCGAUGGCCUUUUUAAAACUGAGUAAAAGGAAGGGGUCUCUGGUCUAGUGAAAUGCUGAAAUGUGUAGAAUCAAGACGAUUGCUGCGUUCCUUUGAAAAGCCAUUAUUGAUUCCAUUCAGAUGAAAACACCCAUCAAAUAUUUUUUCUUCACUUUUUGCAAGUUUGUAAGUCUUUAAACACUUUGUUUUUUUUUUAUCAGUUUCAGAAAGUUUGGGUGCUUUGUAAAAAUGUGUUUGUGUUUUCCUGCACCAUACCUGAAGGCAUAAAUGUGGUGCGUUAGGUCAUUUUGUAAUACUCUUUUCAUUUUUUUAUUUCAGUGGGUGGGUGUCUCUGUAUAUACUGAACUAUGCUUUAUUUUGAAUCAUUUUAAGACUUUUUAUCCACCAUCAGUUAUGAGCAACAUUUUAGUUUUGCAGUUUUUGAAAGUUUUUUUUUUGUAAUGUUGUGAAAUGUAAGGAGCCGCAUGCGGUUCACUGACGGGACUCCUGAGGAACGCGAGGGCGCGUCGGGCGCGAGGCACAGAUUUAGGCCCCUAAACUGCGUACCCUCCUGUUACCUAGCAAUAAGAACCUGAGAGAAUGUUCCGGAACUGCCCCUCAGGUGGGACACACAGCUACGGCAUUUGGCUGGAGGUGAGAUGACCCUCCCCGUCACAAAUGAUGUCCUGGUCUCUAGCCUGUGCGCUGGAGAAAUACUGAACUCGUAUAGAAAGCAGUGGAUAAUCGCGUUUCUGACAGAGGAAGGAGACUUUUGCCACGGUCCCUUAAGUUGGGUUGAGUCUUCUGCUUGCCUGCAGGUUUAACUCCAGUCCUGGAGGGGGGGCUGUGUCUGCAAGUUUAACUCCAGUCCAGGAGGGGUCGCUGUGUCUGCAGGUUUAACUCCAGUCCAGGAGGGGGCGCUGUGUCUGCAGGUUUAAGUGGAGUUUGCGUAGAGAUCCUCCAGCCUUUCGCUUUGCCUUAAUCCUGCUGUGCCUCCCCACAGCCGUGGAGGUGGUUUUUAAAUCCUGGGAUGCUUGCAUGUCACCCAGUCCAACUUGCCUUAAAACAUUCGAGAUAGAUUCACGUAUGAUUUAUUCGUUUCCUUCUGGGUCUGAAAGAUAUUGAAUGUAUCAGACCUUUAAAUUACUGGUGGUGCAUAAUUUAUGCAACCUUCUAUUACCUGAACUUUUUGUGACGCUGCCUUGUGACAGAUUGAGAGCAACUUUUUUUGUGAUUGUCGCGUUUUUUUUUGUUGUCAAAUUUAUUGCAGGUACUAAGAGAUUUAUCAUUAUUUUUUUGUGCUGGUCUACUACAAACUGAAAAACCUGUCCCGUGUACAUAUCGUCCCGCAGGAUCCUGGUGCACCUCGGCUCAGUCUGAGGUUACAUUCCAAGUUCUGCGUUACCGCGGCAACACGGAUGCACUCAGGAAGUGAGCAGGGUCGUAAAUGGCGAGGCCAGUUGUGAUUAGAUAUAAGUGCCACCGGCGGUUUGGUGAUGCCGCAGAACUCAAAGGAUGUGGCGGCCCGAAUGGGCAGGGGGAAACGAUUGGUCCCUCCAAAAAGAGGAAGAGAGAGAAAAAGAAGAGAUUGGGGGGUCACAGGAACAGAAAGAGCUGAAGCUUAGUGAGGCUCGCCUUAACUGGAGAUCCAAGGGCUGUGGUAUUCACUGGUCUUUGGAGAGCCACAUGGUGGUGUGUGGGUAGUUAUUUUUUGACCUUUAAAUCCAAAACCAAUUCAGACUCAAGGAGACAGGUGAGACAAAUUGAACUGCUAUCAACUGCUGAAUUUAUUAAUUGACUUCUGAGUGAAAAUGAAAACCAGCACCCCCUCUAGCUCUCCGAGGGUAAGUGCAAGUACCUCUGGUUCAGAGUUAUGCGAUGCCCAUUGUAGAGCACUAUGAAAUGGUUUCCUCCCCGAUUCUGACUUUUAAUGCUUCAUAUUGUGUGUUAUGUACUAGGUACAUUGGCAAUAAUAACAAACCAAAAUAUGUUUGAAAAUUAUUUUUUGUGCAGUUUGCUCAGAAUAAAAGCUUAACACGUUUACAUAAAGGGAAAAUAAUCAAUUUUAUGUGUUUAAGGGUGGUAUUGGUAGAUGGUAUUACAAGAUUUUGCUUUAUUGUCGUCUACGCCACAAUUUAAUUGCAUGAGUUUGAUUCCAUAUUUUAUAUGUAUACAUUUAAUAUUGUCAUUUAAUGUACUUAGAGAGCAUACUCUGACUUAAAACAUCGGUGCUAGUUUUUAUGACUUUGCACCUGUUAAUGACACUGUUGUAGCAAACCUUCAAAUGGCUUUAACAAUGAAAUCUCUUAAAAUGUUCUGCUUAAAUGCCACUAGUGUACUAUAAUAUCUGCUGCAAUUGUAAUUUAGAUUUUUAGGGUGUGUAUUUUUAAAGAACCAACAAGACAUGGAGAAAAUGUUUUCCUAUCAACGGAACAUGGCAUUAAACUGAUAAGACAAAGAUGACUAUAAACUUA